AUGGCUGCCGUCGUGUGUGACCCAGGGGAAGCGACCAAGUUGCUGUAUGACCUUCUGUACACCGAGCCCAUCAAGAUAGUCCUGAUGCCCGGCUGCAGCGGCGUCUCCACGCUGGUCGCUGAAGCUGCUCGCAUGUGGAACCUCAUCGUGCUGUCCUACGGCUCCAGCUCGCCGGCCUUAUCCAACCGUCAGCGUUUCCCCACCUUCUUCCGCACCCACCCCUCGGCCACGCUCCACAACCCCACCAGGGUGCGGCUCUUCCAGAAGUGGAAGUGGACUCGCAUCGCCACCAUCCAGCAGACCACCGAAGUGUUCACCUCAACGCUGGACGAUCUUGAGGAGAGGACGAAGGAGGCCGGCAUCGAGAUCAGCGUUCGCCAGAGUUUCCUCACCGACCCGGCUGUCGCUGUCAAGAACCUCAAGCGCCAGGAUGCCAGGAUCAUUGUGGGGCUCUUUUAUGAGACCGAAGCCAGAAAGGUGUUUUGUGAGGUGUUCAAGGAGAAGCUCUACGGGAAGAAGUACGUCUGGUUCCUGAUUGGCUGGUACGCAGACAACUGGUUCAAGAUCAAAGACCCGGCUAUCAACUGCACAGUGGAGAACAUGACGGAGGCCGUGGAGGGUCACGUGACCACGGAGAUCGUCAUGUUGAACCCAGAGACGGUCCGCGGCGUCUCCAACAUGACAUCGCAGGAGUUUAUCGCCGCCUUGAUGUCUCGGCUCGGAGGGAAGAACCCGGAGGAGACCGGCGGGUUUCAAGAGGCUCCUCUGGCCUACGACGCAGUGUGGGCCCUGGCCCUCGCCCUCAAUAAGACCGUCGCACCGCUGAAGGCCAAGGGUCGACGUCUGGAGGACUUCAAUUACAACAACCACGACAUCACCUCAGAGAUCUACAGAGCCCUGAACACGAGCUCCUUCGAAGGUGUUUCGGGCCAGGUGGUGUUUGACGCCCAGGGUUCCAGGAUGGCCAUGACGCUGAUCGAACAACUGCAAGGAGGCAGUUACAAGAAGAUCGGUUACUACGACAGCUCUCAGAAGAACCUCUCCUGGUUUGGAAACGACGUGUGGAUAGGCGAUGGACCUCCGGCCGAUCGGACCGUGGUGAUUGAAGAGUACAGGUUCUUGUCUCAGAAGCUGUUUGCGGCCGUGUCCGUCUUCGCCGGCCUCGGGAUCCUGCUCGGCAUCGUCUGUCUCACCUUCAACAUCUACAACGGAAACGUCCGUUACAUCCAGAACUCUCAGCCCUACCUCAACAACAUGACAGCGGUGGGCUGCAUGAUGGCGCUGGCCGCAGUCUUCCCUCUGGGCAUCGACGGCCACCACGUCCACAGAUCCCAGUUCCCCGUCGUCUGCCAGCAACACUUGGAGCCAUGGAAACUCUACGCAACAGUUGGAGUGCUGCUGGCCAUCGACUUCCUGUCACUCAUGAUUUGGCAGAUUGUGGAUCCUCUGCACAUUACGGUCGAGAAGUUCACUAAGGAGGCCCCUAAAGAAGAUCUGGAUGUCCUGAUUCAGCCCUUGCUGGAGCACUGCAGCUCGGAGAAGAUGAACACAUGGCUCGGUGUGGUUUACGGCUACAAGGGUCUGCUGCUGCUGCUCGGUAUAUUUCUGGCUUACGAGACCAAGUCCGUCUCCACGGAGAAGAUCAACGACCACCGUGCCGUGGGGAUGGCCAUUUACAACGUGGCUGUGUUGUGCCUGAUCACGGCUCCGGUGACUAUGAUCCUGUCUUCGCAGCAGGACGCCUCCUUUGCCUUUGCCUCUCUGGCAGUCGUCUUCUCUGCCUACAUCACGCUGGUGGUGCUUUUUGUGCCCAAGAUGCGGCGUCUCAUCACCCGCGGCGAGUGGCAGUCGGAGCAACAGGACACGCUGAAGACCGGCUCGUCGACAAACAACAACGACGAGGAGAAAUCCAGGCAGCUGGAGCGAGAGAACAGGGAGCUGCAGAAGAUCAUCCAGGAGAAAGAGGAGCGGGUCUCGGCGCUCCGCAACCAGCUGGCUGAGCGACAGGCUCUCCGCAACCGCCGCCGACCGUCCACGGGCCAGAACCAGAACCACAACGCUCCGCCACCCUCCUCCCAGCCGGACCCCAAGUCCCUGCUUCCCCCGCCCGGCUACCCCAACCCCACCACGGACAAUCACUCGCUCCCGCCCUCCUUCUCCAACUCGUCCAACCUCUACCCGGCGGACAGCAAGAUGAGCCGCAACCACUGUCACAACAGCCAGAUCCCGCUGCUGUACAAGUAGGCGAGGCACGGGGUGGAGGGGGGUGAGGGGGUGAGGGGGUGAGGGUAGUGACACAGUGCACACAGGGGACACAAAACACAUGGAGACACUGUGACCAUCACAUGUUUUGUUGACGUGAGCACGGCGGUGCGGGGACA